UGUAUCUCUAUCUUUCGGUUCGGUUCAGUUUGCUUGCGACCGUUACAACAGCCAGUUGAUUCGAAGCGGAGCGAUUCGUGGAUUCGUUGUCAUCGUGUCGUCGUCGUUUUGUCGUUGAUUUCCGUUUGUGCAUGCAGAUAAAGCCAGGUCUUAACUUGAUUCUGGACUGGGCCCAAAAUCGAAAUCGAAACCGAAGUGGGCUAAUGGAAAAUAAACAAACAAACAAAGCUCGAAUUUUGUUUGCCGCGCAUUAAAAAAAAUCUAAAACCUUGCCAUCUAAUAUUGGUGGUAUAAAAAAUGAGUAUUACCUAAGAAAAACAAAAAUAAUUCAGUGCGGUUAUAAAAUACAAAAUAUUUAACAAAAUAGUUGCAAAAAGUCAACAGAAAAGUGCAAAGAAAUAAAUCUCAAGAAAACCGAGAUAAACAAAGUAUUUGGUGCGACCUAAAGUGAUUUUCUCAGCGUGUGUCUUUGGGAUAUAAGCGAAAAACCAGCAAAAUUUACUGCUUUGGAAACUCCGCUCUCAACAUAAGCACCAACAACAACACCAUCAACCCCCCCGGCGGCAGCAGCACCCACCUCCAGAUUCAGCACCACCAGGCUCAGCACCACCCCCAAAACAGUGCGAGAAUGCUGUUCGAGAAUCCGGCGGUUGCGGCCAAGUUGCCCUUUCCGUACAACGUGCCCCCGCCCCUGCAGGCGGCGGCGGCAGCAGCGGCGGCUGUCCCAAAUCUAAGGUUUCAGACACCCAUUAAAGCGUUUGCCUGCCUGACAGCAGCCACAAGGUCAGUAUCGGAGAUGAACGCCACUUCUCUAUAUGCCGGCAAUCCCAUGGAGAACGCGGCCGCAGCAGCCGCCGCCGCAGCAGCGGGCUUGAUUGACCCGCACCACAAUCGUGAUCUCCACCAGGCGCUGGUGGCCUCGAUAGCCAAUAAUAGUGUGGCCGCCAUCGGCGGUGGCCUGACCACAGCGGCAGUCUUGAAGAGUGCCGCCCAGCAGUCCCAGCAGGCCGUGCAACAGAACCAGAACGCGGUGGUGGUACCACCCGGACUGGAGCAGCCCAAACAGGAACCAGCCCAACAGGCGGCACUGGCGCUGCUCAAGGAGAAUGUAAACGCCUCCGCCGGAGCGGGACAGAACAACGGUCAGGCGGCCAUGGGGGGCAGCAACAAGAGCGGCUCCUCCGGCAGAUCCACGCCCAGCCUGAGCGGAGGCAGUGGCUCCGAUCCGGCACCCGGCAAACUCUUUGUCGGCGGUCUCAGCUGGCAGACGUCGUCCGAUAAGCUCAAGGAAUACUUCAACAUGUUCGGCACCGUCACCGAUGUGCUCAUCAUGAAGGAUCCCGUCACCCAGCGCAGUCGCGGCUUUGGUUUCAUCACAUUCCAAGAACCCUGCACCGUGGAGAAGGUUCUCAAGGUGCCCAUUCACACACUCGAUGGCAAGAAGAUCGAUCCCAAGCAUGCCACCCCAAAGAACCGACCUCGCCAGGCCAACAAGACCAAGAAGAUCUUCGUGGGCGGCGUCUCGCAGGAUACUUCCGCCGAGGAGGUCAAGGCAUACUUCAGCCAGUUCGGACCCGUCGAGGAGACGGUUAUGCUGAUGGACCAGCAGACGAAGCGCCACCGUGGCUUCGGAUUUGUCACCUUUGAGAAUGAGGAUGUGGUCGAUCGUGUCUGUGAGAUUCACUUCCACACCAUCAAGAACAAGAAGGUCGAGUGCAAGAAGGCACAGCCAAAGGAAGCAGUCACCCCGGCUGCCCAGCUCCUUCAGAAGCGCAUUAUGUUGGGCACCCUGGGCGUCCAGCUGCCUACAGCUCCUGGCCAGCUGAUUGGAGCCCGUGGUGCCGGCGUGGCCACCAUGAACCCACUGGCCAUGCUCCAAAAUCCCACACAGCUACUGCAAUCCCCGGCAGCUGCCGCUGCCGCCCAGCAGGCCGCCCUCAUAUCACAGAACCCAUUUCAAGUACAAAACGCCGCUGCGGCAGCCUCGAUCGCCAAUCAGGCUGGCUUCGGCAAGUUGUUGACCACAUAUCCGCAGACUGCGCUGCACAGCGUCAGAUAUGCACCCUACUCGAUCCCCGCCAGCGCCGCCACUGCCAACGCCGCCUUGAUGCAGGCUCAUCAGGCGCAAAGCGUGGCCGCCGCUGCCCAUCAUCACCAGCAGCAGCAACAGCAGCAGCAUCAUCACCAGCAGCAGACCCACAAUGCCCAUGUGGCCGCCGCCCAGCAGCAGCAGCAGAGCCACCACAACGCCGUCUCGAAUCCCGCUUCGCAGGCGCACUCGGCAGCAGCGGCUGCCGCCUUGGCGGCCAAUGCCGCGAAUGGGGCAGGUGCCGCUGGAGCCCACAGCCUGGCCGCUGCCGCUCAGCAAGCUGGCUUAAUGGCCGGCAAUCCCCUGAAUGCCGCUGCUGCCGCCGCCGCCGCUGCUGCCAAUCCGGCGGCUGCCUACUCCAACUAUGCGCUGGCCAACGUGGACAUGUCCAGCUUCCAGGGCGUCGAUUGGAGCACCAUGUACGGCAUGGGCAUGUACGUCUAAGACGCGGGUUUUGUUUGGUAAUUUGAAUGAAACACUCUCACAAUGCAUACACCAUUCACAGCCACCCAUACACCCACUACCACUACCACAUGUGAACAGCAGCCCUAGUAAUAGAUCCAUACGAAAUACACAAUGCCCCCCCAAAUCCAUUAACAUUCAUAGAAUCACACACAAACACUCAUACGAAGUUGGUUUUCCUUUGAGUUUGGCUAAGUUAGUAGUCCGAUACACGGAAGGCAAAUUAAGUAUUAUAUUUAAGGCGUCCUCGGGCGAGUUCGAUAAAUACUAACUAAUAUAUAUAUAUAUAACAAAUCAUAAGCAAUAUAAGCGAGAAAUCAAGAACAAAAACGGAAGCAAAGCAAAGCGAAAUCAAGGAAAAACAAAAUUCAAAACCAAAAAGCAAAAAUUACGGAGCGUUAGAGAAGCAAAAGAACGAAGGAAAACACAUUAAAAAACCACCGAUUGUGAUUGCGUUUAAAUGUAGCCGUUAAUAUAUAAUUUUUAGUGCAUAAAAGAAAACCAUUAAACCUAAAUUAAAAUAAACCUAAAUAAAAACUAAACGUAUAUAUAAAUAUACAUACAUAUUUAUAAAAUGCAAGAGCAAGGAAUGAAUCUUAUAAGUUAACUCACGCUCGUAUAACCAAGAAUGGCGCUCACUAAUUAAAAAGAUCAAAAAAUUGUUCUUUUUUUGAGCCCUAAACUCAGCUGAAAUGAAUGAGAAACUCCUGCAAGGGCAGUAUUAAUUAAUUGAAUGAAACAGCGAAGGAAAACGUUUUGCUCAAGACAAAGAACUAUUAAUUAUUGUUUAAAUCAGCGAUGAAACCCUAAAUUAGACUAUCAUUUUAGACGUUUAGUUGAGUUCGAAUUUAAUUCACCCAGCAUAGAAUACAACAACAGAGUUAACCAAUCACUAACGAACAUCACCAACUCACCUACACGAAAACUAUAUAUCCUCCUAUAUCCUCCUACCUUCUAUCUACCCCAAUCUGUUCUUGUACUUAAUUAUAUAACAAUUACAAAUACCACAACAAACAAACCAAAAUAUCGUUGUGUUUUAUGUGUGCGACUCUUUUUUGAUUUAGUUCUAUAGCUAGUUUAGUCUGCACUCAAUCUCAAACAUUUGUAGCAAGUAACUAAAUAACCAUUUGUUGAACAUUUUGGCAUUUGGUUCUCAAGGCUAGCGGCUUCAUUUAUAGAUCCUAAGAUAUUCAACGGAGAACGAGUCCUUAGGGCACUACUAAUAUUUUAGAUCCUUCGACCUAUUUCCGAAUCACCAAGUCUUUCAUUUGCAUAACCAUCCAAACAGCUCAUGAACCAGGUAACAUAACUUUACUGUAGCUUAUUGUUUUAAAUGGCACAAUCUUAGUUAUUAAUAUUAUUUUGUAAUUACCCUUAUCUGUAGCAUUUGCAUUUGAUUUUGCAUUCGGCAAAUACUUCACCCAUUGAAACCAAGAAAAUGAUCGAAUUAAGAAGAAACCCGGGGCAGAUGCUCCUGGAUAGUUAUGUAUUUGUCUCAUUUGAAUCGCUUGCAUGCUUGAAGUUUAAUUUUAGUUACUAGUUAUCAUUUGGAAAGUAAUAUUUUGCGUAUGUAAAUAUCUAGUUUAUAUACACCCACACACACACAUUAUAUGGAAAACAAUGAAACAUUUGAAGUAAUUUUUGUGUUUAAUAAAAACCAACGAACAAAACAACAAACAACUUUGCCAUGAGUUGAGCAAACAUUUGUGUUUUCUUAUGAUUUGAUUAAUUUGAUUGUACAUAUACUUGACCACAUUUAUCUGUAUUAUUUGAUUUGAUUUGAUUUAUCUCGUAAUCCACACACUAUUGUAUCUGUUGUUGUGCUGUGCUGUCUUUCUCUCUAUUAUCUGUUAUCUGCUCCUCUUAGCCAUGUGUAGAACUUAUUACAUUUCGAUGCAUUUGCCAGUACCAAAAAGUUAACGAUUGUGCGAUUGUGGCGAAUUGUUUAUAAUUCCUGUAGAUUUUCGAUAUCGACUCGGGGGGUGAGUAUGAUGUAAUAUUGUUUCGUACGUAUACCAAAGAUAAUGCAUAUUAACCAAAAUUCAUUUUACAUUUGCUGGGCCGAAGUCGAGGCUCAAAUCCCACAUCUCCAUUUGCAGAAACUAAUUUAUUUAUUUAUUGUUUACGCUUAAGAAUCUAACACAUUCCAGACAUGCUAUGGUGCCAUUUACUUAUCCAUAUUAAUAUUUAUAAUUUUUGUAACUCGUCUGUCAGAUCUCGAUCUCAGAACAAUUGCUUUUAGCAUAAGGUUGAUUUUACCCUGCCAAUCCAAGAUGAUUCUUACGAAUUCCUUUCUUAUUGACUACACACACACACUUUGUUCUAUUGACAUUAUUUAUAAAGAAACCAAAUAAAAAUAUUUAUAUUUGAUUACUGCAUUUUCCAUUUAUUUCUAUUAGCCGAUUAAGCAAGAAGUCAAAAAAUGCUCCCAUAGUUGCCUAAGUUCAUUGUAGUUCAUUUGGAAUAACUUAUAGUUUUUGUUUACUUAUCCGUAUGCUUCAAUAUUCAUUCAGAGCGACAAAGUGUCGGCGAAUUACUUAGAUAUUUGUAAUCGUAACAGUUUCAACAGUCUGAAUUCGAUAUAUCUUAUAUCCAAUGAAAUGUUUUAUUUCCCAUUCUCGUACCAAAGAUAUAUACCCAAAGUAGUAGCUUGCUAAUUUUGAUAUAUAGUAAACAGAUCGAACAUACGUAGCUCUAUAAAAUAUAUACAUAUACAUAUAUCUAUUUUUUUGUUACCAAUGUUAAUACAAACAAAUUUGCUCAAAAUGAAGGACUGGUUGAUAUGAAUUGAAUUAUUAAUUUUAUUUUAAAGGAAAAAUUAACGUAUUAUCGACCAGUCCUAAACAUCCAUAGAAUUUUAAAAUAUAAUCUGUAUUUUUGACUUGUUUACGUGUGGUUAGUCUCAUCAAGAGUUUUAAUAUAUACAUAGUUUUCAAGCAUUAUUUAUCGGGCCUACAAACUACAAAAGAACUUGCUGUAAUAUAGUAACAACAUUACACACUCCGAAUUGGACAUUAUCAUUUCGUUCUACUUGUAGGUUUACAACCAACUUUUUGACAUACAACAUGUUUAGAUAACCAUAGUUAAUUAAACCUUUUUAAUAGAUAUAUACACCCAUUUAUAAAACAAAACGCAUGAUGAAACAUGUACAGUAGUCAAUUGAGUAAAACCUUUAUAUAUACAACGGCAAUUUCAUAUCAUCUGUCACAGUUGAAAUCCCAGCCGAGAUUCCUGAAGUCCCCCAUUUAGGAAGACAUUAGCAUUAACUACUUACAUACCUACAUCAUACACACAUACAUCAUAUGACAAUAAGAUCAACUGUGUUUCAGCAUUCAAGUGUCAGUAUUCGUAAACCAAAUUACCUAACAAACUGAGAAAAGUACUUAUACUAUGCAAUCGACAAGAAAACCAAUCCUAGGGAACCUUUUGGAUUUGGAUUCGGAUCGAGCAGCGUUUUAGAAAUUGAAAUAGUUGGAUUAGAUAGCCUUUGAAACAUGUUCUCUCGCGGAACUACAUACAUGUAUAGUGGCGAAAACUUUAUAGAUAUUUACAUGCAUAUAUACAGAUAGAACAUAAACGAUGAUAUUUAGCAAGACCGUGAUAUAUUCAAUUAGUAAAACCAAAACAAAAAAUUAUAUAUUAUAUGUAUAUAUCAAUUAUACGAGUAUAUUGAGGCGUCUCUCAAAAUGUGUCAAAUUGCAUACUUAGAGUAGAAUUUUUGGUAUACCCAGAGAAAACCAGGGAAUAAAAAAAAACAAGUAAACAUUUCAUCAACUGUUGUUGUGAAGGCUACAAAACAACGCAUAUCACUUUGAUGGUGUCAGAUCCAAAAGUUUUCGAGAUUUACCCAUGAAAACCAAACUGAAUUUACGAAAAGAGGUUUGCUGAAGAAUUCUCCAGAAAAUAUGUUGAACCGAUCAACGAAAUCUUGAAAACAGCGCAAGCAAGUAGUUUUCAUUUUGGAUAUGGUUUUAGAUAACCGAGCACGAGUGCAUCCAAUAUUGUUGAUUUGAGUGACUGAUGAGGACCAAAUUUGUAGUAAAAUUCAGAAAUCAGGUUAUUAGAUCCUAACAUAACGAAAGUGUAACCCAAAGUUAAAUAGUUUACUUAAAGUAUUUUUAUUUCGAGACCUGGCAUUUUUUGGCUUCUUGCUUAUUGUUUGGCGUUCCAAUAUUGUUUUUUAUCAACCAAAGCGCUAUGAAAAAAAAAACACCGACACUAAUACAACCAAACACACACCAA